AUGCCAUUACGAACGGUUGUCUCGUGGAACGUCAUGAUUUCUGGGUACUCAAAAUGGCGUAGAUUCAGUGAAGCUAUAGGAUUAGUUUCCGCCAUGCAUCGCGGAGAUAUGAAACUUAGUGAGACCACUUUUUCUACCGUGUUAAGUGCGUGUGCGAAUUUGGAGUUGUUAGAUGAUGGGAGACAAAUUCAUGGGCUUGCUCUGAAAUCUGGGUAUGAGGAUUUUGAGUUUGUGGGGAGCGCUUUAUUGUACUUUUACGCAAAUUGCUUUGAAAUUGAAGAGGCGAAGCGGGUGUUUGACGAGUUGCAUGGAAAUAAUGAGUUGCUGUGGAAUCUGAUGCUUGUGGGAUACGUGAAAUGCAGGUUGAUGAGGGAUGCGCUGGAUGUGUUUGAGAAAAUGCCGAAACGGGAUGUUGUGGCUUGGACAACGUUGAUCUCUGGGUAUGCGAAGAAUGAAGAUGGUAGCGAGAAAGCUCUGGAGUUGUUUAGGGGGAUGAUGAGGAGUAGUGAGGGUAUGCCAAAUGAAUUUACAUUGGAUUGUGUGUUGCGUGCUUGUGGUAAACUUGGCCUUUUGCUUGAAGGAAGGAUGGUUCAUGGUGUUUUGAUCAAACAUGGGUAUGAAUUUGAUCCGUCAAUAUGUGGUGCAUUGAUUGAACUCUACUGUGAAUGUGAAGCUAUUGAUGAUGCUAAGAGGGUUUAUUAUAGAAUUGAAUAUCCGUGUUUAAAUGCUUCGAAUUCUUUUCUUGGUGGGUUAAUAAUGAAGGGUAUGAUUGAAGAUGCGGAACUGAUUUUUAAUCGGAUCUCUGAAGUGAAUAUGGUUUCAUAUAAUUUGAUGAUUAAAGGGUAUGCACUUGGCGGUCGAAUUGAGGAUUCGAAAAGAUUGUUUGAGAAAUUACCCAGCAGAACAAUUGUUUCUUCCAACAUAAUGAUUUCCAUUUAUUCCAGGAAUGGUGAAAUAGAUAAAGCUUUGAAACUUUUUGAAGAAACAAAGGAGGAAAGAAACCCUGUGACCUGGAAUUCAAUGAUGUCAGGGUAUAUUCAUAAUGAUCAGCAUGAAGAUGCUUUGAGACUUUACAUGACCAUGCACAGAUUAUCAAUAGAGCAUACUAGAUCAACAUUUUCUGUUAUAUUUCAUGCAUGCUCAUGUAUUGGGUCUCUUCAACAAGGACAACUAUUCCAUGCACAUUUGAUUAAAACACCUUUUGAGUCUAACCUUUAUGUUGGAACAUCCUUGAUAGAUAUGUAUGCUAAAUGUGGGAGUAUCGCAGAUGCUGAAACAUCACUCAUCAGCAUCUCUUCACCCAAUGUGGCGGCAUGGAGUGCUCUUAUUAAUGGGUAUGCACAUCAUGGACUUGGGUCCAAGACGAUCUACCUCUUUGAGAAUAUGUUAGAACAAGGAGUGCUCCCUAAUGGAGCCACUUUUGUUGGAAUUCUCUCUGCUUGUGGUCGUGCUGGUCUAGUCGCUGAAGGCAUGAGAUUGUUCCAUGCAAUGGAAAGUGGCUAUGGUGUAAUACCAACUAUGGAACACUAUGCAUGUGUUGUUGAUCUUCUUGGUCGGUCAGGUCAUCUCAAGGAAGCUAAAGACUUCAUCGAAAAGAUGCCAAUUGAAGCAGAUGGAGUUAUUUGGGGAUCUUUGCUUAGUGCUUGUUGGUUCUGGAUGGACAUGAAAGUGGGUGAGCAGGUGGCACAAAAGAUGUUUAGUUUGCAUCCCAAGCCAAUAUCUGCUUAUGUUACUUUGUCUAAUAUAUAUGCAAUGCUGGGAAAGUGGGAGGAGAAGAUUGAAGUGAGGAAGCGAUUGAGGGGCCUGGAAGUGAAGAAGGAUCCAGGACGUAGUUGGAUUGAGCUGAACAGCAAAGUCCAUGUAUUUUCUGUAGAUGAUAGGAUGCAUCCACGUUGUAAUCUAAUUUAUGCUACAUUGGAGCAUCUAACAGUAAAUCUAAACUCUAUUGUUCAAUUGGAAUCUAUUUCUAUAUCAAUGAAGGGUGAUGAAUAUUUUAAUGCAGCAUACUAUGACUGUGCAAAUUCUUCUUAG